AUGGAUGUGGCAUGGAAGGAUUUGAGUGUGAGCGCGAGCAAUGGACGAGUGUUGCUGGAGAGUAUGUGCGGCUAUGCCCAGAGCGGCCAAAUCACGGCGAUCAUGGGUCCUUCGGGAUCCGGAAAGUCCACCUUGCUCGAUGCGCUUGCUGGUAGAUUGGCCAAGAACGCGAGGCGAGAAGGAUCCAUUUUUGUCAAUGGGAAUCUCCAGACGAACAUGAGGCAUGGGACUGCGGCCUAUGUGAAACAAGAAGAUGUUUUGCUAGGAACACUCACUGUCUUGGAGACAAUCACUUACUCUGCUCAAUUGAGGCUGCCUCACUCGCUGCCGCGAAGCCAAAAGAUGGAGAUGGUUGAGAGUGUGAUCACUGAGAUGGGGCUUGGAGAUUGCAAGCAUACAGUGGUGGGAGGUUGGUUCUCGCGUGGAUUGAGCGGAGGGGAGAAACGAAGAGUGAGCAUUGCUCUGGAGAUUCUAACUCAGCCAUCUCUUUUGUUCAUGGACGAACCAACCAGUGGUUUAGACAGUGCAUCCGCGUUUUAUGUGAUUAAAACAAUUAAGAACCUCGCUACUUCAAAACGCACCGUUAUUAUGUCAAUUCACCAGCCAAGUAGCGAAGUGUUUGAGCAGUUUGAUAAUCUUUGCCUACUAUCUCAGGGUGCACUUGUAUAUUUUGGAGAUGCCAUGGAAGCUAGCACGUGCUGGAUUUCCUUGCCCUCUCCGAAGAAAGAAGAUAUUGAAACUCAAGAAAUAGUUCCAGCUUCUGAAGCAAUCAAAGUGCUUACAAAUGCAUUUCAAAAUUUGCAUUUGAGAUCCCUCCACACAAAAGUUGACAUUCUUUGUGUGACUAAGGUGAACCUUCUAAACAGUUUGUGUGACACACCUGGUGCAAAGAAUGAAUGCAUCCAGAUGCCUCAAGCAGGAGUUCUCCAUCAGCUUUCCAUGUUAACUAAAAGAUCAUUUCUAAAUAUGACAAGAGAUAUUGGAUACUAUUGGCUGAGAAUCUUUGUGUACUUUAUGCUUAGCAUCGUUAUUGGCAGUAUAUAUUUUAAUGUCGGCACUAAAUACAACUCCAUUGCAGCAAGGAUUGGCUGUAUGGCUUUUAUUGGUAAAUUUCUUACAUUCAUGUCAAUUGGAGGUUUUCCAUCUUUCAUUGAAGAGAUUAAGGUUUUUAAUCAUGAGAAACAAAAUGGUUACUAUGGUCCCAUUGUGUUUACUCUCGCAAACACACUCUCUUCCAUGCCUUAUCUCCUUCUUAUUUCAUUGAUAUCAACAAGUGUGUUUUAUAAUAUGGUUAAACUCCACCCGGGAUUUGAUCACUUCAUAUUUUUUGUGUUGAACUUAUUUGCAUCUGUGACUGUGGUGGAGAGCUUGAUGAUGUGUGUAGCAUCAAUUGUUCCCAAUUUUCUCAUGGGAAUAAUUACAGGAUCUGGAAUCUUGGGGUUAUUCAUGCUUGUUGAUGGAUUUUUUAAACUUGCUAAUGAACUGCCAAAAGGCUUUUGGAAAUAUCCAAUGCAUUAUAUAGCAUUUCAAACAUAUUUACUUCAGGGUCUUUAUGAAAAUGAUUUUCAAGGGCUUGAGUUUGAUAAUAAUGAUAUUUCUGAAGGAAAGCUAUCAGGAACAACAGUUCUUAAACAGUAUCAAGUAGAUCUCUCAAGAUCUAAAUGGUUGAACUUUAUAAUCCUGUUAAGCAUGAUUUUGGUUUAUCGAGCAACUUUUAUUACUAUCAUCAAACUCACUCAGCUCAUAGAUGACUUGUGCACGAAGGCACAGUUAGCCUUGACCUUAAAGUGCUGCUGUAGCGUCUGCUGCUACUGUGGCUGCCUCAUCUCGCUAGACUUGUUGGCAGAGGGAGUGUCGCUGUCAGAUGAUUCUCCUCCGCUUCUACAUCCCUCGCUAUCUCCCUCAGAGGAGAUACUGAAGAUGGUGGCUCAAUGGCAAGAUGCGGUGAAAAAUCUGAGCAAACUGGGUGAGUCUAAAGGGAUGGACUCGCCCGUAGAAAAGAAAAAUAUGCUCCUUUGGGUACCACUUCUUUAUAAGCUCGAUCCCCAACUUGACCGUUAUUUCUCCUUCGAGCAGUUUUGCAUAGGUGCCCAAAAGAGAUUUUGCGUCAACGGUGCAAGAGUGGAGUCAACGACUUGUGGCAAUGGCAUGAGGACAAAUCUGCUCGACCCAAUAGGCAGCGACAAUAACGUUUGCUCUUGCGCAGCCUUAAGCGGCAUUUGA